AGGGGGCGGAGGGAGGAGGUUGGGACGGAACUGGCCUCAGGGCGCUCACGGAGCAUCGACGCAUGCGCGGAGGGUAACCAGGAAGCCAGGGGAGCUGCUGCAGGAGCCCGAAGUUGUCCACCUGUCCAGGCCUCAGAGCAGAGAUGUGGGCUCCAGAGGAGGCCGCCCCUCACCUCCCCCGCUUCCCUGCUGCUUUGGGAUAGCAGCAGAGGAUGCGGUCCUCGUUUGGAGGGAGGGAAGCAAGGAUCAUAACUGCCCUGUUCGGAAGUUACGCUGUGCUCAUGCACCCUGAGGGACCUACAAAGUGGAAUAGGAAUGGACAUACCUCAUUCUAAUGCAGUAUGUUCCUCUACGAACUGUUUGCUCCCCUUCAUUUAACUUUGUGAAUAGAAGAGAAAUACAGAAGAGAGAGAGAACCAGAAAAAGCAGAGUAUCUCCAACGUCAUGGGAAGAGCCUUGCUGCAGCCCAUCAUGAGCUAGGGGGGGCGCAGCCUUCCCCCUGCCUCUUUGCCAUGAGACAGUGAUGGAUCAAAACACCUUCUCCCACAUCCAGCUAUGGUGCCCACGUCCCUUUGGCACCUACUCCCAAAACAAGCAGUGCGGUGGAGGCCAGGUGAAAAAGACCUUCGGCGACUUUGCCUGCAAAGCCAAGGAAGAGGAGGACGGUGUCGGUGAGGCCUGUUCGGAGAACACCCCGCCCGCCCCACCUCCGCCCCCUCCCCCUGCGGUCUCCCCCGGCCAGGUGGAGGAGGGCCGGGUGCUCCUGGACACAUGGUACGUCAUCAAGCCGGGCAACACCAAGGAGAAGAUUGCCUUUUUCGUCGCCCACCAGUGCAGCAGCGGUGGCCGGGCCAGCGCCAUGAAGGUCAAAGGGAACUGGGGGAGCGACAGCUCCAAGGCCAAGCGCCGGCGGAGGUCCCAUGACCCCAGCAAGAGCAAAGCCUGCCCCGUCAAGGCCAAGGACGGCAGCAAGGAAGCGGAAGACGUGUGCCUUUGUCCAGAGUCCGGUGCCGACCGGGGUGGCGAGACCGACCUGCUCUCGGUGGCCGAGAUGGUGGCCUUGGUGGAGCAACGGACGGCUCUGGCCCUUCAAAACUACCCCAGGCCAAGUCUGGCCGCUGCCCCGGCCCCGCCGUCUCCCAUGGUCUUUGUGUCGACAGAGCAAGAGCAAGGGGACUGUGGGGAGAAAAGGGCCGCCUCGCUGGGGGGAGGCUCGGACUGCAGCCGGGUGGCCGAAGCGGUGGCCCACUUUGAAUCGCAGCAGCGGGAGCGGAGCGUCCUGCGGCAGAACGGCUUGUGCCGGGAGUCGCCGGAGUGCGUGGCCAACUCUCAGCACAGCCCCGGCGAGGUCCGCAUCGCCUUCCGCAUCUCCAGCAGCCGAGACCCGCGCUCUCCCACCGAGAGCGGCUCCAGCGCCCGCCCCAACUGCAUGUUCAUGAGCUGCGGGGGCUCGCCCACAGGCAGCGCGGCCCGUGCCAAAGACAAGAUCACGUGUGACCUCUACCAGCUCAUCAGCCCGUCCCGAGACACCCUCCCCAACAACGUGGACUUCCUGCUGGCCAGCGCCUCCCCCAAAGGGGCAGACGGGCAGGGAACCGAGCCUGCGGACGUGGAGAUGACGUGCGGGGAGAGCCCGGGGGGCUCCGGCAAACUGGACGCCAUCCCAGAAGGUGGCAGGACUGCUGGGGAGAAGAUGAGCAGCCCGGCAGCUGCCAUGCCCCGGGACUGCGUCUCUGGCUUCCACGUGGACGUGGUGGUCACGGGCGUGGUGGACCAGUGCGUCUUCUUUGGCAAGGACAGCACAAAGAACAUGAAGGAGGAAACGGUCUGUCUGACCGUCGGCUCUCCCACCCAAGAGGUGCUCUGCGCGUCUUGCGACGAUCCCCCGCCUGGGCAGCUCUUCUUCCUCCACACCCAAGCGCCCCGCCCGGAGGACAGCCGAGAAGCGGACACGUCCUUCCUGGAGCCCCCCAACGGCAGCGACGGGGGGCCGGAGAGGCCCGACGGGUCCGGGCUGGAGCCCCUGGCCUCGGACACCUCCCUGUGCCGCCUCUACCGCCACGUCUCCCACGACUUCCUCGAGAUCCGCUUCAAAAUCCAGCGCCUGCUGGAGCCUCGCCAGUAUAUGCUGCUGCUCCCUGACCAUAUCAUGGUGAAGAUCUUCAGCUACCUGCCCACGCAGUCGCUGGCCGCCUUAAAAUGCUCCUGCCACUACUUCAAGUACAUCAUUGAGACGUUUGGCGUGCAGGCCACGGACUCCCGGUGGAACAGGGACCCCCUCUACCGCGACGACCCUUGCAAGCAGUGCAAGAAGCACUACGAGAAGGGGGACGUCUCCCUGUGCCGGUGGCACCCCAAGCCCUAUCAUCACGACCUGCCUUACGGACGCUCCUAUUGGAUGUGCUGCCGGCGGGCCGACAAGGACACGCCCGGCUGCCGGGUGGGACUGCACGACAACCACUGGGUGCAGCCGUGUGACAUGCUGAGAGAGCGGGGGGCCCGGAGAGAGGAUGGGAGGUGAGGGGCCU